CUUUUUCUCUUUUUUCGUAAUUAAUUUUAUCAUGACAAAGAAUCAAUUGUAUACGUUUAGGAAUGAGCAGGCAUUACCGAUAAAACCAUGUGAUUGUGCGAGCCAAGAUAUAGUAUUUGAUUUAAAUAAAUAUGGUCCCUAUUUCGACAAGAUUCGAGCACUUUUUGUGCCUAGUCUGGAAUAUAGAUUUCAGUCCUUGUUAAAGGAGUUCGUGUACAACACAAAUUCUCGAUGGGCUAAGCAGUUUCCAUGUUUCAAGAAAUUCAUCGAUAUGAUAAUUAUGUGGAAGGAUCCUUUGAACAAAAUCGCUGAAUACGAUAUCAGCACGAUGGAAGAAAUUAUGAAAAAUACCAUCAAACGCAUGAUAAAGGAUGAUCUGAUCACUUGUUUUCUGGAUUCUGUCAUUUUGUAUCAUAGAUUGAAAAAAGUUUGCCGGGAGUUAGAUACAUUGGGCAUCGAAGAUAAUAUUUUAAAAAACUUUAAUUUGUGGAAUUUUGUCAACGAGCAAGACUAUUUAGAUCGCAAUUACUUCAUGAAUUUCAAUACUACUAUUUCAAUGGACUGUAACAUGAAUUUAAAUACGGUACCUUGCAAUACAAAACGAUCAAUCAAGUGUAAAAAAACUGUCAAAUCAUUAGCAAAAAACAUUUAUGACAGAAGUACCGAACACAUACAACAAACGACAUCAAAAUAUCGAAAACAUCAGAUACUUGAUUUAAAUCAAAAUUUUCUCCAUCAAAAAGAAGAUAAUUCCUAUUAUUAUUCUACUUGCGUUGCAACUGGAUCUAGGCAAAAUGAUUAUAGCACUGAUAAAAUAAAUAAAUCUUUUAAUGAGAAAUCGUGCAAUACCGAAUCAAAGAAGAUACGGAAUGAUUUGAAAUUGAAGAUAAUUAUUCAUAAAGUACAAAUAGAAGAUCAUGAAUAUUCGACGUUCUCUAGCGCUAAUGUCACUCGCUUAUCUUUGCCUUGCAAACCGAGCAAUCUAAUUAGACGAAUUUUUGAAGCUGAUCCAUCUUUAACCGAAUCUUGCUUGAUAGUGAUGAAGCGAAAGUUCGAAGAUAGCAUGCAUAAUGUUUGCUCGUGUCUCAAUAGUGUUAUAGAAAAAUUAAAUAUCGAACUGACAAAAACGCUAUGUCUUAAUUGCGAAAUAUAUUCUGGAUAUAUCAGUUUCAAGUUAAAAGCCCCCAAUAUCAAAAAACACUUUUUCGUUACGAGAGUACCGAUUUGUCAGAAUGUCCACAAAUGUAUGGUUCAAGAAGAUUUCUCUAUUUUGUCCUCAAAGUCAAGUACUGAAAUUAACGAAUUAAAAUGUUUUUCGCAAUGUAAAGAUAAUGGUACGAAUUUCAAUGAUGCACAUGUCGAUGCACACGAAAAAGCUGAAAAGCUCGACACGUGCUAUUCACAAUCGGAUGAAGCAGAUCGAAGCUUUAUAAAAAAUAUAGUACAAAAUAAAACAGAAAAUAAUAAUGAGAAUAGUUCGAGAUAUGUUGAAAAUCUUGUAAACUUCUCUUGUAAUGAUCCUUGCAAAGAUAAUGUGGAAGAAAUAUAUAAUAUGACGUCAUGCGUUGAUAAUUCUGUUGAAAGAAAUCGAGAAGACUGCGCAAUUUUGAAUUCAAUGGAUAUCAAUUAUGACGAUGAUGUAAAAAAGUGUGGAAAAAAUAUUCUUGAAUCGAGUAAUUUAAUUAUAAGGAAUGAUAUGUCCACGCAAUUAGUAAAUAAUGCAAAUUGCACAUGUUUAUCAUACGAAAACUUUACAGAAACAAACAAUGAAAUUGAAGACAUUUUUAGUAACAAAGAUUUGGACAGUUUCUCGCAGACCACAGGCACCAACGAAUGCGAUUGUUUGUCGAAUAACAACUCAAAUUUAGAAAACGAAAUUUGUAACAAUAUUAAUGAAUGCGGUAUUACAUCAUUUCUAAAAAAUUGUGAAUAUGAUAAUGCAAAUUGUACAUGUAUAUCAUACGAAAAUUUUAUCGAAACAAACAGUGAAAUUGAAUAUACUUUUACUAAAAUAAAGACAAACAAAGAUUUGGACAAUUUUUCGCAAACCUCCAACGAAUACGAUUGUUUGUCGAACAAAAAAUCGAAUUUGGAAAAUGAAAUUUGUACAAAUACUAAUAGAUGUAGUAUUACAUCAUUCAUACAAAAUUCAGAAUAUGAUAAACAAUUAGUAGAAUUAAACUAUAAUUGUUUCUCGAACAAUAUCAAUAAAAUCGAUAAACACUUCGAUACGCGAGAAAAUGAUAGCUUAUUAAAUUCUGCAAAAGUAGAAAUUGGAAGUAACUCAUGUUGUUCUUGUCGAUGCGAUGAUUUCAUAGAUAUCACAGUCACUGAUAAUAUUUUAAGAAAAAAUAAUUGUGCUUUUGAAACAUCUCAAAAUAAUUUUGAUGCAGUAACAGCUCGAAGUACGGACUAUUCCAAAACAGUGCAGGUAUCAUCCAGAAGCAACAAUUUGCUAACAAUUUCGAUUCCAAUUCAAAUGCCUAAAUCAAAGAUAUUAUCGAAAGAAAUCAAUAUAGAUACGUGUUAUCCACGAACAGUUUGGUUGACAUGUGAAAAUGAUAAAAAUAUCAAGGAAACAAGCGAUGGAUGCAAUGAAAUAGCAAAUCUUUCUACGCAUACUUUAAUUGUUUCCAAGAAAAGAAAUCAAAUUUUUCCUGAUAUAAAUAAGGAAAUGUUAGAUGUAAAAGAUGGAACACAAGAUUUUGUUACAUCGCCGGAAAGAUUUUCCAUGUCGAAAGGAAGAUUCCGAUCCAAUGGAGAUUCAAGAAGUUCUGUCUCAACAAGAGAAUAUCUACGUUCGAAAAAUCACUCGAUAUCCAAUGCAUCGCUAUAUUGUCGUUCGUUCGUAACGACAAGUGAAUUUGCGAUGAGCGACAGGCAAGAUAAAUUCCAAAAAUCAAUGCUUCGCGGACGCAGAUUAGCGAACGGUAUUCAUAACGACAACAUAUCGACAAUAAUUAAACACAGAACAGCAUCUCGUAGACAUCCAAAUAAUUAUUCUGAGGAAAUACGACCGCAAAUGAUACUCGCGAUAACAAAGUUUCGCAAUUCCAUCGACAAAUCUAUCAAUAGAAUAAAGCGUUUGAUUCGUGAAAAGCUGAGAAAAAUAUUGUUUAACAAUAAAAUAAGUAAUAAUAAUAAUAAAAUGACUAAAACUUUUUGGAAAACAGAAGAAUCUUUUGAAGAUACUAGAAAGAAAGAGACAAGUGACAAAUGUGGUUACAGCAUAACUUCAUGCUCAACUUAUGAUUGCUGCAAGCGAAGUUAUACCACAUCUUCUUGUGAAUCUUCAAAUGUGAUUUUAUCAAUUAGUAGGACAAAGGAAAAAAAAAGAUGUAAAGAAAACAUAAAGUUUUGCGACCACAGAUUGGAAAAUGAUGACAAUAAGAUCUUAUUAAGCUUCCGUUCGAUUAAACCUUCUCUGUGGUCUUACGAUUUGUUACCUUCUACAACUGAAAACAUAGAAAAGCAAAAAUUAAACAGAAAUAAUCGAAUACGAUACGAUAAAAAGAAAAAAAUUGGAAACGUUAUGAACUACGUCAGAAACUCUCAUCGAUACGACUUGGAAAAUUCGGAAACAAGUAUAACAAUUUCUUCGCAAUCGACCAAAGCGUUUCUUACGGAGAGUGAUUCGAAAUAUUUUGGACAUACCACAUAUAAACAGCAAGAAAAGACAUACGAUAAUAAGCGAAUCUAUAAGCAAAUGCAUAAUCAAGAUCAUUGUGAAAAUGAACAGAUGCGGUACGAAUAUGAACAAUGCAGGACCAGAAACAAAUAUCGAGAUGUACCAAUUAAAUAUUCUAACGUUAAUAGCAAUGAAUCUUUUAAAACAUCAUUAUCACAUUCCUGGAGGAAAAAUGCUAGAAAUACACAUAAACAACUUUACGAUAUAUCGGAAUUAAACAAAGCAAAGAGAUUUACAUGUUCAUGUUCAAGAAAGAAUAAACAAAUAUUUGAGAAAGAUAUGUCCGAUCGUUCCAAUGAUAGUUUACGAUCUAACGCUAAUCUACGCAGGAGACAUGCCUUCGCGAUUUUAACCGAUGCCUGCAAUGAUUAUAUGGAUGACCUUGAUUUAGACUUCAAGUUGAAAUUGUUGCGAUAUGUAGAAUUAUGCAAAAGCAUUAAACGUUCGUUGAUAAGGACAUUACAACCGGACGACACUUAUGAAAUUAGUACGCUAUCAAUUUCUGGUAGAUUCAGAAGAAGUGCCGGCGGUUAUGAGGAGUUUGAAACUACAUGCGAGGGUAGCAAAGACAACAAGGGAUUCGAGGAUGAAAGAGGAUACAGCGCGCAGCCUUCGUUCGAGUCGCUUCCAGAGCCAGAGAGACCACCAUUGCGACAUAUCGAUACUUACUGCAUGCCAGAAUGUCCAUGUCUUUCAAAGAGGUAUACCAUCGCAACGCUAGCUUGUGUAGGAUUCAUUAUUUCGUUUGGCAUGAGAUGUAACAUGGGUAUGGCCAAGCUUGUCAUGAAAAAUACUACGGAAGGCGAAAAUAAUACUAUCAAAUUCAACUGGACGAUCGGCAUGGAAAGCGCCCUUGAUUCAUCAUUUUUCUGGGGUUAUUUAGUAACGCAAGUGCCCGGUGGCUUUCUCGCAUCGUUAUAUCCUGCUAACAGAAUAUUUGGCACAGCCAUCGCAAUAUCUGCUUUUUUGAAUUUGUUGGUACCUGGAGCACUGAAAGUAGAUCCUAUCGUUGACAUGGGUGUGCAAGUAUUGAAAGGACUGGUCGAGGGUGUCACGUACCCAGCGUGUCAUGGUAUUUGGAAAUACUGGGCACCACCUCUAGAGAGAUCGCGUUUGGCCACAUUAGCGUUUUGUGGAUCGUACGCCGCAAUGGUGAUAGGUAUGCCGCUUUCUGGAUACUUGAGUUUCUGGUUUGGCUGGACGGCGUCGUUUUAUUUCUACGGCAUAUGCGGAUUGAUUUGGUAUGGUUUCUGGUUGUGGUUGACCUUCGAAAAGCCGUCGAAACAUCCCAGUAUCUCGGCUCGUGAAUUACGUUACAUCGAAGAUUCGCUCGGACAAGGACAAACGCAAGCACCUGUGCCCACGCUGGCGACGACUCCCUGGCGCAAGUUUCUUACCUCAAUGCCGGUAUAUGCCAUCAUUGUCGCUAAUUUUUGCAGAUCGUGGAACUUUUAUCUGCUGGUACUCUUCCAACCGCGUUUCAUGCACGAGUCUUUUGGCAUGCCUCUUGUCGAGACCGGAGUCAUUGGUUCGCUUCCACACUUACUUAUGACGAUGAUUGUACCUUGCGGUGGUUUGCUGGCGGAUUAUCUCCGUAAACGUGGCAUCAUGACAACGACAAAUGUCAGGAAGAUUUUCAACUGUGGUGGUUUCGGUAUGGAAGCACUCUUUUUCUUAGUGGUGGCUCAUGCAACGACGUCCAAAAACGGAACUGCAGCUACGGUCGCUCUCGCGAUCGGCGUCGCGUGCAGCGGUUUUGCUAUCUCUGGUUUUAAUGUCAAUCAUCUAGAUAUCGCUCCAAGAUACGCCAGUAUCUUAAUGGGCAUGUCCAACGGGAUUGGCACCAUCGCUGGUCUAUUAGUUCCUUUCUUCGUGGAUAACAUCACGGAGAAGAAGGACCCACAUAGCUGGCGGAACGUUUUUAUCAUAGCUGCAUGUGUUCAUAUUUUCGGAGUGACGUUCUAUGCUAUUUUCUGCUCCGGUGAGUUGCAACCCUGGGCUGAUCCCACUUUAGAAGAACAAAAGAGCUGGAAUCCCAUGGAUGAAUUCAGCCAGACAAAACCGCCCGUUCCACCUCCACCGAAAACUAUGCAAUCCGAAUUCAUAAAGCAACCGUCCCGAGACGGAAGCGUCACUGACGAUUGGAAUACUUAUGAGCAGUCACCGGCUGAAAAUCAUCUGUACGCACGACAAGAUAGUAAGGCUCCUGCGAUAAACUACGGCUCGACAGAAACCAACAGCGGCAAUCCAUUUUACUCAACGAAUCCAUUCGCUAGCGACGUUAACGCGUCUUUCGUGCAACCACCGGCAACGGACGACUACACGUAUGACGUGCACAAUCAACAAUGGAACUGAGAAUGCUCGAUCACCGGAUAGAAUAAUUGGAUACGAGAAAAGCAGACUGUUUCUCCGAGGUUGUAGAUCAUUCGUAUCGUUAGUUAUCUGUCAAUCCUACAUCCU